GUUUGGGGUCCUGAAAAUAUACAUUUUAGGUGUCAAAGGUGCUAGGAUAAAGAGAUGUGUCUUCAGCAUACAAUGGAAACUCUAUAGUGAAGGGCCAGGUGUACCUUGCGUGGAAGGAAUGCCACAACUUAGACGCUGCCACAGUGAAUGCCCUCUCCUGGCCUACCACCACUCCAAAAUUCUGUGGGAUGUGGAACUACCAAGAGGACCUGCUCUGUUGACCUUGACACCAGAAAACUGUUUGCAGCAAUGAGGUGGUCUCUUUCAGAUAUUUGGGGCCUGCAUCCUUUUGGGCUUAAAGUGUUGAUGCGAUGACCCUGAAUUGGGACCAGAAAUGAACUGGCAACCAGUUCAGUUGUUUCAAAACAGCAGCUACAUGAGAUCUAAACAGAACCCCAGCCAAUAAUGUGGAUGCUGUAUUUUAGACCAAUUGAAGUUGCUGAGUCGUUCAAGGUCAAUCUCACGUACUGUACAGCACAUUGCAACAAUCCAGCCUGGAAGUUACCAGAGCAUGGUGUACAGUGGUUAGGUCUUUUGUGUGCCAUUGAUCUUCACAUCUGGCUCCUUUGAGUAAACUUAUUUAUGUUUCAUAAAGGGAAGGUAUGCAAUUCAGAGGAGUGGGGGUUGUUCAAAUGAAAUACACCUUUACCUGAAAAUUCAGUACUUCAGAUGCUGAUGAACUGUGCUAGUCUGUUGCAUGAAAAACAACAGCCAUGCGGCAUCUUAAGAGGGCUGAAUCAAGACCCACGAUAGGCCCUGGGCCAGCAGCCUUUAGUGGGUACCUACUCUACUCCCACUCUACAUGUACAACGUCUUGGGCAUGUGAACAUACACACUCACACAAAUAAAAAGCAUGUUAUGUGCAGCAAUGGGGUGGUUAGCUUUAUCACACUCAAGUUAAUGGGCCUAAGUAAGUUAUGUCCGUUGAUUUCAGUAGGUUUACUGUGAGCAGUGCUUAGUUGGAUACAAGCCAUGUGGGAAACAUUUCUACAUAUCUUAAAGCAGGGUUAGACAAUGUGGUGCCUCCCAGAUGUUGUUGGACUGCAGCCAUUUGCUGACCAAUGCUUGCUGGGACCAAUGGCAACAGCAGCCCACAACAACUGGCGGGAACCGAACUGGCUGCAUCUUCUGCACUUCACCAGAAGCAAGACUGGAAAGGCCCCUUCACACAUUUGUUGUGCCAAGGGGUCUUCUUCAGUGCAAAGCACUCACCCCAGGUGCUGCAUGGCUUUCCUGGCCCUCUUCCAACCUGCACAUGCUGAGUGUGGCCACACCUGCCUCAAGGAAAGCCCACCUGUUCCCCCUGCUGCCUAUGUCCAGGGGGUGGACACUAGGGCAGAGCCUGGGGCAACAGCAGCAUCUGGAGCAAGGCCAGCAGCAUGUUCCUCUGGCCCCUUGCUCUGGUGGAGACCCCUUUGCACAGUUGACACAUGAAGGGGGCUUAACGCAACACCCAAGGGAACAGGGGCGAAAGGGGAUUGUGCUGCCUCCUGCCCCCACCCCAACCCCCUUCCAUGGGCAGGGCACAGCCUCUUGCUCUUCUGCUGCCUCAGGCGGCUGCUUCAUGCCGCCUAAUGGGUGGGCCAGCUCUGAUUCUUUGGCAAUUUCUUCCUUCUCUAGAAUCCCUGUUUUUACAUCUGCGGCACAGAGCUGUGAAAUACCACUCCAAUGCGUGCCAGGAAAUAGUCCGGGCUGUUUUAUAUCCCAGAGAGGCAGUUUGCCGAAUGGCACCCUUUCUACUCCUGAGUUGUGAGAGGAAAAGUGGACUCCCUUGUGCUUUUUUGUUACACGCUGCAGAGAGAGGUGGUUACGCUACCGAGCACCGCAGGUGCGCCUUACUCCCGAGGAGACAUGCAUGGGGUGGCGCUGCAGGCGCCUGAUCCUCUCAAAACAUGACUCCAGGGUGCCGCAUUCAACAAGCACACCCUCCUGCCCCUCAAAUGGCCGUCUGCGGGAGUACUGCUGCACCUAGGUGCCGGAGCCCAGCGUCGGAACAAAGUGAACUGGGCCCCUUUGGGCGCGGCGGACUCCGGAAAGACACGAGGGACUUCGGCAGGGCGGUGGCGCAGGCGCAGUGGCUCGGCUGCUCCUCCCGACAGCUGGGCGCUUGCUGGUGCUGCUCUGCGUGAUGGCUGUGGCGCGGGAGGCCGGCAAGAGGCUCGCCAUCGAAGGGAACAUUGCAGUGGGAAAGUCAACGUUUGUGAGAGUGCUCAGAAAAGCCUUUCCAGAAUGGUCCAUGACCUCGGAGCCAGUGUCCAAGUGGCAGAAAGUUGAAGCUGCUGGUCCCCACCAGGCCUCUCCAUCUCAAAGCUUUGCAAACCUGCUUCAAAUGAUGUAUCAGGAGCCCUCGCGGUGGUCCUACACAUUCCAGACUUACUCAUGUCUGAGUCGGCUGAAGGCCCAGCUGGAGCCCCUGUCUGUGAAGCCCCUGAAGAUGUGGGACCACGUGCGGGUUUUUGAGAGAUCUAUAUAUAGUGAUAGGUACGUCUUUGCCAAAAACCUGUUUGAGAUUGGCCACCUGGCAGAGAUUGAGUGGGCAAUUUACCAGGACUGGCACACUUUUCUCCAACAAGCAUUCAGGGACCAGCUUGACAUCCAUGGCUUCCUUUAUCUACGGGCACCCCCAGAGAUCUGCAUGGAAAGAUUGCGCCAAAGAGGGAGGCCUGAAGAGAAGGACGUCCAGCUGCGCUACCUGGAGCAGCUUCACACUCAACACGAACAUUGGCUCGUGGAGAAGAUCACAGAGAUUCAUUCUGAAAACAUAAGAAAUGCUCCAGUCUUGCUGCUUGAUGUCACAAAGGAUUUUGAGGAUGACACAAAUGAACAAGGGAGGCUUAUGUCCCAGGUGAAGACUUUUAUAAAGACUCUCUCAGGGGAGGCUUUCCCUUCUGCGUCUGCCGCUGCCUCCUAGCCCAAGAUCUUAAAGCAGGCUCCUCUGAGUGGAUGGCCACCAAGAAGAGGCCAAGAGAAAGCACUCCUUGAUGGUCAACUCCAUUGGGAGUUAACAGCUCAGGCAGGUCAGAGGUGCUUGCAAGAAUUAAAGGUCUCUCUGCACAGUAUUUGCGGGUGAAAGAAGCCCUCUGGGCAGCAAAAUCCCAACCUAAUCUACAGAUAGAAAGUAGAAUUGCAACAGGGCAAAGAUGUUGGGGGCAAUUUCACUUGGGCUGGGUGAGCUCAGAAGUCAGGCAGAGUCCUGUGUUCACCCAAGUGAGAGAUCAGUUUAAUAGAUUUAAUAGAUUUGGGCAGUGGGGCAUCUACUUUUUUGUCGCUACUGGCUACCAGUGGCUCCCUUGCCAUGAUUCUGGACCUGCUCCCUCCCCAACUUCUGCUGCUGCAUUUUCUCAGGGUGUGGAGUCUCAAGUUGUUGAGUCUAUAUGUGCCCUCAGUUCCUGCUACUUACUGUGACGUGGAGUUACAGCAAUAGACACCUUGGGCUCACUUCUGUAAUAUAUUAUUUUUAAGCACCCUGCACUUAGACACGCACUUGAGUUUCCUAGGUGCCAUGGGACCGUCUAACAGUGCCCAGUUCCAUUGUCUGUCCAUCAAUAGCCUCCCCCUUGGAGAAGAGAGAUUGGAAAUUGAUUGACACUGAAACAGUUCCGGGACCAACCAAGGAAUCUGGAAGGUUCAGAGUGUGAAGAAUUGUGUACAAUUCUGUACAAUUGUGUUAGUGUCUGUAUCUGGCAAAGAUGAAAAAAAAACAGACAUGUACUUGAGCUUUUCAAGGGGCUGUUGUCUUUUCUGCUGCUUCCCACCCUCAGUGCAACUUUUACUUAUGUGAUGGAGGCCUCCUGGGCUAUAGCAUCUCUGUGCAUGAAGGCCACUGCAUGGUUGAUGUCACACACAAAUAUAGCAACUGUAUGUUGUUUUCAAGAAUACUUUUCACCUUCUUUAUCUGCCUUUAUCACAUUUCCAUCAAAUUUAUCAAGUUUGUCCUACAACCAUGGCCCUCUUCAUUCAUUGCUUGUGCAAAGGGGCAACAUGGAUACAAAGGUUUUUAAUUUUUUGUAGAUUUUCCUUCGGCACAAACAUCUGCCAAGUUCCUUUAAAAAAAUGGAAUAAAUGGGAUGUCUAUCUAUGAGCAGUCCAGUUUAAAGUUUAAGAUAACCCUGUGGUAUAGUAUCUUAAGAUGCUAGAGGCGCACACAUCACCAUGAAUUUUGCAGAGAGGAUAUGCCCAGUGCCUCUUUGUAGAUAGUAAAGUUCACAAAGUUGACCUUGGGAAACUGGAAUAUGGAUGUCCAAGUAUUUCUGUCCAUGUAUGUUUCAUCCUUUUCUCCUCAAGAAAUAGUCCUGUUGUGUUUGAUGUUACCUUUCCAAGCCUCAGUAAACCUAUAUAUGCAAGUUCAUCAGCAGUAGAUGGAAUGACAUGUCACCCCCUUACUUUUUAUACAUAGCAUUAAAAUUCAUGCAUCAAUUAAAAAUAAGCUACAGUACAAAACACUCCCUUUUUAAUGCAGUGCUUUUUACAAUCAACCAUUCAUUAGCUUUUAAUGAUGGGCGUUGUCAACAUUUAAUUUAUCUCCCUUCUAAUGUAUAAAAUUAUUGUAUUUUU